AUGGCGGACUCCAUCCUCCUUUAUAACGGCACGGUCCUCUUCCAUGAGGGGAAUAAAGUCAAAUUUCUCCACAACUAUGAUGUUUUAAUUCAAGGAAGCAAAAUAAGCAAAAUAGGCCAAGGUUUGCAACUCGAAUUCAAUGGCAGAAUGCUGGAUUGUUCUGGAAAAAUCAUUUCGCCCGGGUUCAUCGAUACUCAUCAUCACUUAUGGCAGACUCAGCUUAAAGGCAGGCAUGGUGAUGAGGUGCUUGUAGACUAUAUGGUUUCAGGAAUGCUUCAAUCGUUCAACUACGAGCCCGAAGACAUGUUCUGGGGCCAACUGGCUGGCUGCAUCGAGAGCAUCGAUAGCGGGGUUACCACUGUUGUGGACCAUGCCAAUCUGACAUAUUCCCCAGCACAUGCCACUGAAGCACUGCGUGCGACCGCAUCUUCCGGCUUACGAACAAUUUUUUGCUACGGAGUAAUGCCACGACUAAAAAAAUGGACGUCGGAAUUCGAAAUGGACACAGAGAUUUUCCCAGAGUGGUGGCAUUCAACACUGGAGACCCUAGCCAAAUCACAGCCGUUUGGAAACGGACGUGUUACUCUUGGUUUUUCAUUUGAUAUGUUCAAAUUGCCAAGAGAUAUUAUCACUGAUAUUUGGACAAAAUGUCGAAAUUUAGGGCUGAAGAUUUUAACAACCCAUUACUCUUCACCAGCCAUGCCAAACAGCAUCAAAAUGCUUUCCGACUAUGGUCUACUUGAUAAAGACAUUAUCGUAUCUCAUGCAAACAAUAUAUCCGAAGAAGAUGCUAGAACCCUAGCCAAAAACGACGUCUACAUUUCGUCUACUCCAGAAACAGAGCUCCAAUUCGGCCCAGGAGACGUUGUUGCUUUCCGUGACGACAUAAGAUCCCACGCUUCCGUUGGCCUCGACUGUCAUUCAACCAACUCUAGCGACUUACUAACUCAGAUCCGAAUUUGCCUCCAACAUUCACGUGCGACUGUUGCCGGAAAGGUCUUUCAGCAAGAGGGGAAGCAGCCACGGGAACUCACGAUCAAACUUGAAGAGGCUUUCAACCUUGGAACCAUUCAAGGCGCGCGAGCAGUCAACAUGGAAAAUCAAAUUGGCAGUAUUGCGGAAGGCAAAUUGGCUGACAUCAUUGUAUUUGAUACGCAAAGUCCAGCAAUGGUUUGCGCCGCGGAAGAAAAUCCACUGGCUGCGGUCUUAUUGCAUUCUAGUGUCAGAGAUAUCGAGACUGUAAUUAUCGACGGAAUCAUCCGCAAAGAAAACAAGCAAUUGUGUCACGUUGAGAUCCUGACCGAGCCAAACGGAAACGAGAAAGAGAAAUGGAGUUGGAGCGAGGUGUCUCGAAAUUUGUUGGAUAGCAGACUGAGAAUUAAGAAGAGGGGAGAGGGCCAGGAUUAUGCAGUGGCAAAGAAAACUCUCUUUGGAACAUCCUAG